GCCACAGAUGUCAAAACGACCAAACGACCCUCUCGGAAUCGGAAAAUUCAGCACAAUUCGGAAAAAUAUACAAAACAAACACAUAUUAGUGUUUAAUAGUUUGUGUGUAUUCUCUUCGUAGAUGCCAACAUCUACACACUGUAAUUACCUAUAAUAAUCAUUGAGUUAUUAUUGUAAAGAUGAAUAAAUUCGCUCUCUUGCGAUCAUCCGUAUUUUCCGCAGUUUGGAAAAGAAAUAUUAUGUGUCAAUCACCACUUCAAACGAAUGUAAGAGGCCCCAUGUCGACUGGAUACAGACCAACAGAGUUGCAGAAGUUCGUAUUAGUAUGGACAAAAAAAUUCAAGUCCAAGGAUGAAAUCCCGAAGUUUGUUUCCGGUGAUCUUAUAGAUAGAGCUCGUAGUGAAGCAAGGAUUAAACUUUCUAAUAUCCUCAUGCUGAUGACGGUACUGGCAUGUGUUGGAGCUAUUAUCUCUGGAAAAAGUGCAGCUAAGAGAGGAGAAUCAGUCCAUCAAAUGAAUUUGGACUUUCACAAAAAAUAUCAGGAAGAGUACAAGAAGGCCGAAGAAACCAAAAAAUAAAGGAAAUAUUUAUUAUAUAAAUGAUACCUGAUUAAGCUUGUACAGUCAUAUACACAUUGAACCUUGUAUUUUAAAUCAACAUUAGAUUGUAAAAAUGA